AUGAUGAAUCAAAACAUGAACUUGGGCUCCAUUCAGAAACAAAUGGAAGAGACACACAUUUUUGGGACCCAAACAAGACAACCUUAUACAUUAGGUGGAGAUUGCCAACCAGAUGACCAUCUAUGUAAUUCAAAUCUGCCAUCUCAAAGUUUCUACCCAUGUUCAUCUCAUUAUACAUAUAUGCAUAUGAAUUACAGCAGUGACUGGGAAAUUUUUGAAGCAGUAAAAAUUCAGGAAUUGGAAGAAGUCAAAGCCAGAGCUGCCCAAAUGGAGAAGACCAUGCGCUGGUGGUCAGAUUGUACUGCUAACUGGCGGGAGAAAUGGAGCAAAGUUAGAGGAGAAAGAAAUAAAGCCCGAGAGGAAGCAAGACAACUGAGAAUCAAAUUAGACAGUGCUAUAAAAGAAAUAAGUAUGCUUAAAAAAAUAAAUCAAAAUUUAAUAAGUGAGAAGGAAAACUUAGAAAACGGAACUGCCUGGAAAACAGAAUGCAGUUGCUCAGAAAUAUAUUAUGGUAAAAAAGACCGAAACCUGUUAACAUUUCUGGAACCAGAACCUGUGAAAGAACUGAGUAAAAUCAUCAAAAUUCCUGGGGCAGAAGACAAAAAGAAGGAUGUAGAGGUAAAUAAAGUCCAGAGCAAUCACAAUAAAAAAUUCGCUCCAAAGUCCCCUGAUUUCUUCCUUGAUGGACUUCCCAGUAUCUAUUUGGAGGAAGCUAAAAAAAGUUUGGACACUACAGCUAAGACAACUGAGAAUGACUUAAUACAUGUUUCAGUCUUACAUUUGCAUUUGGCUGAGAUUAAGAAAAUCUUACAGAAGGAAAGAGAAAUGAAUGCAUUUCUGGAAAAAGAAAUGGAAAAGAUGGAAAAUGAAUUAUUUCUUUAUAAAUGGAAAUAUGAAGAACUGAGGCAAACCAAACUGGAAAGCCUGAAACAGCUGGAAAGAAUGCAGUGGGAGAAUACCUCUGAAUGGGGAAAGAGAGAACGACCUGAAGCAGAAAAACACAGUUUAGAAGAAGAGACUAGAAAACUGAAAUUACAGGUAAAAUAAAUAGAGGGACAUCUGGAGAUGAAAAAUAAACCAGCAAAAACUAAACUGAGUUGUGAUCAUAAACACACACAAAAUAAGCUGUUGGUUAAAAAUAAGGUACGUGAGGUGGAAGAAAGUGAACACAGGAUUUGGGACCAGACGAAGUUCCUUGUAUGUUGCUGGAGAUUCUCCCAAGACAGUGAGUGAAGAUACAGGAGAUCAUCAAACAACCCUGCCAGCAGCAAGACCAACAGCAAAGA